AUGAUAACACUCGGCGGGAAUUAUCUGCAAGUUUUGGAUUAUGAGUCAAUUUUCAAUUCACUCCUAGCCAAAGUGUGGAGUCUUCCUGGACUGCUCUUCUUUCUCACUGCCGCUCUCUUCCUCAUUCUGGAUUGUCGGAAGCCUCGUGACUUCCCUCACGGUCCCUUUUGGUAUCCUAUCAUCGGCAGCGCUCUGUCCCUGCACCGUGAGAGAGAGCGGCGCGGAAUGCUUUGGAAGGCCAUUGAGUCCAUUGCUCAGCGCUAUGACAAGCAGCGCAGAGGAAUUGUGGGCUUCAAAGUGGGCAAGGACAGAGUGGCUUUCGUCUACACGAGCGCUGCCAUCAAGGACAUGAUGAGCAGGGAAGAGAUCGACGGUAGGCCCACGGGUCCAUUCUAUGAAACGAGAACUUGGAACAUGCGAAGAGGAGUUCUGCUGACGGACGAGGACUUCUGGAUGGAACAGAGGCGCUUUGUGGUGCGUCAUCUCAAAGAGUUUGGCUUCGCCAGGCGAGGAAUGGUGGAAUUGAUCCAGCAAGAGGCGGAAUUUCUCUAUGAAGACGUGAAGAAGAUGGUAGACAGCGGAGGAGGAUCAAUCCUGAUUGAGAUGCAGAACCUUCUCAACAUAUACAUUCUCAAUACUCUGUGGACUAUGAUGGCCGGGAAGCGCUACUCCAGAGACAAUCAGAAGCUGAAGAAUCUGCAGAGAAUUCUACACGAGCUCUUCGCCAGCAUCGACAUGAUGGGCGCUCAGUUCAGCCACUUUCCCUUCCUGAGGUACAUCGCUCCCGAGAUGUCCGGAUACAAGCAGUUCGUGGAGUGCCACAAGUCCAUGCAUGAGUUCGUCCAGGAGGAAGUGGAGCACCACAAACUCAACAUGAAGAUGGACGAUGAGCCCAACGAUCUCAUGGACGUUUACCUUCGCGCCCUAAACUCACCCAACAAGAGCGACAGUUUCUCGGAGAAGCAAUUACUCGCCAUCUGCCUGGACAUGUUCAUUGCCGGAUCUGAGACCACUAGCAAGACUCUGGGCUUCUCCAUUCUCAACCUCGUCCGAGAUCAGAGAGUGCAGAAGAAGAUGCAGGAAGAAAUCGACACUGUCGUCGGCAGAGAGAGACUCCCAAAACUCGAGGAUCGAGUCAACAUGCCGUACUGCGAAGCAGUCGUCCUCGAGGGACUGCGCUUCUUCAUGUCCAACACCUUCGGAAUCCCUCAUCGUGCGCUGCGAGACACCACUCUGUGUGGCUACACCAUCCCCAAGGACACCAUGGUCGUGGCCGCAUUCUUCGGGAUGUGCCGCGACGGUGACACUUAUGCGGAUCCUGCCAAAUUCGAGCCGGAACACUUCCUCCAGAACGGCAAGGUGACCAUCCCAGACCAAUACGCGCCCUUCGGCGUGGGCAAGAGGCGCUGCAUGGGCGAGAUGAUGGCGCGCAGCAACUUGUUUCUCUUUCUCACGACGCUCUUCCAGAACUUCCGCAUCUACGUGCCGGAUGGACUGCCACCGCCACCAGAGGACCCCAUGGACGGUGCGACGCCCAGCGUAAGGCAAUAUAAAGCCGUGAUCACGUACCGAUAA